AUGGUACAUGACGAGCAGAAGGGAAGAACAACAUCAUCGGAAGCCGCGGAAAAGGAAAGAUUAUUGAAGCAUGAAGAAGCGGCGAAAGCACUCGGUAAACCGAUCUACGAUGACAUGAAGAAGCGGUUGCCUUCGAAAACCCGCAAUGUUUGUGUUAUCGCUGUUUCUCGUUCUUUUCAUUACAUCCCCAUGGACGAGCUUGCAGCCUUUGCAAACAUACAAAUAUUCAUCACGGACAAAUAA